AACCCCACUUUAUCUAUUAAUAAGUAAUACUAGCUAACAUCAAACAUUUUUUUGCCAUAUUUUGAUCUUUUUUCUUUUUCUUUUUUUGGAUUCAACUGCAUCACUAAACUUAUUCCCUCUCAUCAAAUAUACCUUACUUUCCCUGUCUCUAUCCCUAGUACUUCUAGUAUUAUAUAUUAUUAUUAUUAAGCAUAUUGUUAAUUACGGUAUCUCUCAUCCCACGUUCCCAGCAAUGAGCCAUGCCUCUACUUUUCAUUCUUUAUACAAAAGGAAGCUUUGACCUUAGCCAACUAACCUAAAUCACCUUUCACAGGAGUUGACCUAAUCUUUCAGACUUUCACAAUAUAAACAUUUCUACCAGCUUUUCUCUCUCCCAAAUCCCAACCUCACCUCCAAAUUCCAAGCCCAUCUCCUCUCUCUCAAAGAUGGAGCAGAGAACCCUAGAACUCGAACUCAUCUCAGCCAAGGACCUCAAAGACGUCAACUUCAUCUCCAAGAUGGACGUAUACGCCGUCGUUUCACUCCAGGGCGACGACUCGCACGGCAAGCAGAAAACUAAAACCAAGGUGGCGAAAGACUGCGGGACCCACCCCACCUGGAACUUCCCCAUGAAAUUCACCCUCGACGAGCUUCUUCUCAACCGCCUUAGCCUCGAGUUCAAGCUCGUCUGCGAUCGCAGCCUCGGCGACAAAGAUAUAGGCCAAGUCGUCGUCCCCGUUAAAGAGCUCUUCGACUCCGUGGCGGCGGCAGCAGCUGACCCCAACUCCAUGAAGUUCGUUGCUUACCAGGUCAGAAAACCAUCCGGAAAACCCAAAGGCGAACUUCAUUUCUCCUACAAAUUUGGCGACAAAGUCACCGCCCCAGUGACGGCAGCGCCCCCGAAGGGUUAUGAGUCCGUAACAGCAGCGCCGCCGAAGGGUUAUGAGCCCGUGACGGCGUAUCCGAUGGUCGGGCCAUCGGCGCCGACAAUGACGGGAUACAGCGCUUACCCGCCUCCAGCUGGCAGCUCAACGGGACCGCCGCCACCACCUGAAUACGGGUACCCACCACCACCUCCGGGAUACGGAUACCCCCCGCCACCGGGGUAUGGGUACCCGCCUCCGCCGCCGGGGUAUGGAUACCCUCCGGUGCAGCAACCCCCGGUCCAAGAGAAGAAGAAGAAUAAGUUUGGGAUGGGGCUGGGGGCUGGAUUGUUAGGAGGGAUGCUUGGUGGGAUGUUGAUCGGAGAUAUAGUAUCUGAUGGUGGUGGUGGUUGUGGCGGCGGCGGUGGAUGUGGUGGCGGUGGCUGCGGUGGUGGUUUUUAAUUUUCGGGUGUGGUAUGUUUUUUAACUUUUUGUUUAGAGUUGAAGUUUUGUUUUUGGAUUGUUUUGUUUGUAUUCGAUGGUAAAAUUGGAUUUGGACUUUUCGUCAAUGGGAAUGUAAUAAUAACAUUUAUCUUUUUUUUUAAAAAAUAAUGUGACAUGACAUCAUAAAUGCUUUAUAUUUGUAGUUU